AUUUGGCUAAUUUUUUUUUCACCUGUUUUUUUUAUAUUUGGUUAUCACAAUUCUAUUCGUUUCUUUAUGCAUUUGUCUCGUGUGUUGUCAGCCAGAUAUGUAUUCAUUUCGAUAACCGGGAAGAAUCAUGAAUGAAAAUCAAUGGAAAUACAAUCAAUUCACUUUUACCAUCAUCAUCAUCAUCAUCAGUGCUACUACCAAUAUUAUUUUACUUUAUUAUUUUAUGGCGAUAUACUUUUCCAAGUGUUUGUUUUCUCAUAUUGGAACACGGAAGUGUUCUUCAUGAAUUUUACUUUACCCUUCUUCAAAUGAUAUAUAUAUGAUCAUUCAUUGACUCGCCUUUGUUAUCCAUGUUUUCUCUGGCCAUCUUUUUCUUUGAAUGUUAAUUAAAUUUAAAUAGUAUCCAAAAUUAUCUCUUGCUUUUGUUUCUUUCUACCUAGUAUAACUGAUUGGUGAUACGACGACGACGACGACGACAAUAAAAUGGCAUUUGAAUUGUCAUAUCAAAUUGUAUUCAUUCUGACCAUUGUUUAUAUUAAUCAUGUACAUUUAAUUAGAAAUGAUCAACAACUUCGUAAUAAUCGUUUUUAUUAUAAAUCAGCAAGAUUAACACAUGAAUUUCUUCCCAUAAAUAUUUCAUCAUCGAAUGAUUUGAAUUUGGAUGAUAAUAAUAAUAAUAAAUUUCCAAACAUAACGGAUAAUGGUGUAUUAAUGAUAACAACAACAACGGCAACAGAUGAAAAUGAUUUGAUCAAUGAAACUAGCAUAAUACAUUCUGAUGUUCAAAGUGAUAAUGUAACUACAAAUCACACAAUAAAUCUACAAUCAUCAUUAUCAUUACCGUUAUCAUCUAAUAAUAAUGAAAAUCGUUUACGAUGGGUAGAUUCGAUCCGUCAUCAAAAUUUUCCAUUAUACAUGUCAAGCAUAGCCGGUAUUCCAAGUGGAUUUCGAAAUCCAUUACAAACAUCUACAACGGCUAAAAUUUCGGUCAAUAUGGGACCAAUCUCAUCAUCGUCAUCGACGACGACGACAACAACAACGACUACAACAACAACAACAACAGCACCAACAACAGCAAUCACUGAAGCUACAAUUGAACCGAUAAAUUAUCAUUAUUUGCCAAAUCAAAAUUUUCACAUCACAUCGGCAACAACAAGUGGAUCAUCAUCGUCUUUGUUUGAUGAUGAAAUUAUAUUCAAUUCACCUACGACGAUUAUAGGACAGUUAAAUAUGACACGUGUUGAACAUAUUGUUGCUGAAUGUUCGGAUGAAUAUAUGAAAGUUGUUAUUCGUUUUAAUGGAACAUUCAAUGGUAUUAUCUAUAGUUCUGGUUAUGUUCAUGAUUCAAAAUGUAUAUACGUGAAUGGAUCGGGCCGUAAACAUUAUGAAUUUUUUAUUCGUUUGAAUCAAUGCGGAACAUUAGGUAGACAGGAAAUGUAUCAUCCAUCUAUGCCCGGUGAAGCACGUAGACGUGAUCAUCUAAUGUGGAAUACAUUAUCCAUUCAAUAUAAUUCAUUGAUUGAAGAAGAAUAUGAUGAACAUUUUCGUUUAACUUGUGAAUAUGGUAGUGAUUUUUGGAAAACAGUUUCAUUUCCAUCCGUCAAUGUUGAAACCAACACUGGUAGCCCGGUUGUGUUCACCAUUAAUCCACCACAAUGUCAAAUGGAAAUCCGUCGUGGAUUCGGUAUUGCUGGAACACGUACUACUGGCCCCGUUACCGUUGGUGAUCCAUUAACAUUGUUGAUUCAUAUGAAAAGCGAUAAAGUUGGUUUCGAUAUUUUGGUUAAAAAUUGUAUCGCUCAUAAUGGUGCUCAACAACGAUUACAAUUAAUUGAUUCAAAUGGUUGUGUUACGAAUGAAAAACUAAUCAGUCCAUUUCGUGGUACAUAUAAAGCCGAGAAUGGACAUCAGGUUAGCCUGUUUGCUUAUAUAAAAGCAUUCAGAUUCACCGGAUCAUUAGCAUUAUAUCUUGAAUGUGAUAUUCAUAUGUGUCACAACCGUUGUCCGCCACAAAGAUGUUAUUGGCGUAAUCUAUCAAAACGAUCAGCAAAACUACAAAAUUUUGAUACCGGCCUAAAUACAACAACAAACGCAUCAAUUUUGUCCGAAAGUAUUUCACUCGUACAAGCGCUUGAAGUACAUCAUGAUCAAGAUGAAGAAAUGACAUUUCAAUCAAGUAAAGAUGAACUUGGUAAUAAACAAAAUGAAGAAAUGAUUUGUUUACGACCGAUCGGUAUCAUUUCAAUGAUAUUAUUUUUUCUAUUAUUAUUAAUUGUUUCAUUUGGUACAUCCAUUCGUUAUUGGAUUCGAAUAAGAAAAUUAAAAUAUCUAAAACAUAAUAAUAUUUAUAAUAAUGAUUAUCAUAAAUCAACCCCAUUGUCUACGCCAUCAUCAUCGUUGGAUUAUCGUAAUCAUCAUAAUCAUAAUCAUCAUCACCAUCAACAUCAACAUGAUCAAUCAGCGCCUAAUACAACGCGAACAAUCUGUUCAAUGAAUGGUUUUUCCGACACUCCAAAUUCUGUAUCCGUAUUUCCAUAUCGUGAUCGAUUCUGUAGAUUUAGCUAAAUAUGAAUGGAGAAUGGGUAAAAAAACUGUGUUUAUUAUGAUUCAUUCACAAAAUUUUGAAAAUAUUGCAUUGUAUACAGAAUAAUUAUCAAAAAAAUAAAACAGACCAAGACACACACACACACAAUUAUAAGCACAUUUACUCAUUAUUAGCUUUUUCAUCUUUUCAUCAUCCAGGUAAAAUCAAAUACAUGUCCAAUAUUCAUUAUCGUCAUCAUCAAUAUAUAGGAUCUCGGGUGUAAUACAGACAGGAUGAAUGCACACACACACACACACACACACACAUCCAUAAAUGCAAACAGGAUAUAGAUAUUAUCAUAUCAUCAUAAUUAAUAAUUGGGUUGACUAAUGUGUUGAUAAUAAAAGUUUAUUUUGAUUUAUCA